GGAAGUGGUAUCGCCGGGGACAGGUCCGGCCGAGCGGAGGCUAGAGUGAGGGCGGAAGUGGCGUCAAUGGCCGCGGUUUUGGGGGGAAGACGAGGAAGAGAGGGGUUCGGGGCUUCUGGCGUGCGGGGCACUGGAGGGACGGGAGGAUGGUGCUGAUCAAAGAAUUCCGAGUAGUGCUGCCUUGCUCUGUGGAGGAGUAUCAAGUAGGGCAGUUAUUCUCAGUGGCCGAAGCCAGCAAGAACAACACUGGUGGCGGUGAAGGAAUUGAGGUGCUCAAAAAUGAACCCUAUGAACGUGAAGGGGAGCGAGGGCAGUUCACCCACAAGAUUUACCAUCUCCAGAGCAAAGUUCCUGGGUUCAUUAAAAUGUUUGCCCCUGAGGGGUCUCUAGUUGUCCAUGAAAGAGCCUGGAAUGCUUAUCCCUAUUGUCGAACAGUUAUUACGAAUGAAUACAUGAAGGAAGAUUUCUUCAUCAAAAUUGAAACGUGGCACAAACCAGAUUUUGGUGACCAAGACAAUGUCCACGGGCUUGAUGCUGAAACAUGGAAAGAUGUUGAGGUUGUUCACAUAGACAUUGGUGACCGGACGCAGGUGUCGGAUGAUGAUUACAAGCCAGAUGAGGACCCAGCUCUUUUCAAGUCACAGAAGACAGGCAGAGGCCCUCUUGGUCCUGACUGGAAGCGAGAGCUGGCCAAUAACGAAGAUUGUCCCCAUAUGUGUGCCUACAAACUUGUGACCAUCAAGUUCCGUUGGUGGGGCCUUCAGGGUCGAGUGGAAAAAUUUAUUCAGAAGCAAGAAAGACGCCUUUUUACCAACUUCCACAGGCAGCUGUUCUGUUGGUUGGAUAAAUGGGUGGAUUUAACCAUGGCUGACAUCCGGAGGAUGGAGGAAGAGACACAGAGGGAGCUGGAUGAGAUACGCCAGAAGGGCACUGUGAGAGGAAUGACUGCUGGGGAUGAAUGAGCGCCUCCUGCUGCCUGGGCUGAGAAAUGACAUGAUGUGGUUCCCGUUCUGACCCGAGACCAGACCUAACUUCGUGGGACUCCUCUUUCUCUCUCACCUGCUCUUUUAUCUUCUCCUGCCACCUUGGGAUGGGAAGAUGGGUUCCUUUCCGUCCUGCUGGUCUAAAUAUAUUCCAAACUGCCCCUGCUUCUCCCAGCAUGGGGAAUCCCAUGAAACUGGCAUUGAUUUCUUAACUGAUAAUGGAUUAAUAGAUGCCCCCACUGUAUGUCAAGGGGGGUAUGAAGGGGCGAGGCAAGGACCUUUCAGGGCUAUAGGGGAUGUCUCUUUCUCCUUUUCACCCUGCAGAGGUUGGGGUGCAUGAUUAUUAAUAACAUUAAUAUUAAUAUUCCUCGGAAUCAUAUUUUGAUUGGGGUGGGGGGCUUUCUGUAGGGAGGGGGAAGGAAGAUCAGAAACAUCUCAACAAGGGAUGAGGAAAAGAACAUGAGCAAGAUGUUUAACUUAGAGUACAGUUUUUUACCUUUCCUGCGGAGAAUUUAAUUUUUUUUCCUCUUUCUAAGGAGUGCAGGAAAGCUUUCUUUCUCUAUAAACACCAAAUUCAUAUUCUGGUAUUGUGAAAACUCAGGAUUUCUCUCACACACCCCGCCCCGGCGCUUCUGGUGCCAAAUGGUACAGUUAAAAUGUGCCACUAAGCUUCUUCCAAUCUAUUUAGCAAAAUGUCCCUUUACCUGAGUACCCCCCUUGAGAGAGGUGACACAUACUGUAUGUGGCUAAAACAUUCAGACCCAGUUCCUUCACCCUCUUUAUCUGCUUUAAAGUGUCACUGGGUUUAUUCUUGAGGUUUAAAAGAAGAAUAGUUUCCUUGCCCCUCCUCUCCUUAUCCCCGUUUGAGGAAGAGAGCGUGUACGUGUUUCCCCAUUUGGAAGUAGCACUCUAAAGCAUUUCAGCCAUCCAUCCUCUGGGACUGAAGCAAGGGGAUGUUGGGGGAUUUUUAAGGCCCAGUGCUACGGUUCUAAGGAUUUGAACAGUAUUUUUUUUAAAAAAAGAAAACACUGAAAAAUUCUCUUUUUUUAAUUAUUAUUAAGUAAAACAAUAAAUAAAAUUGAAG